AUGUAUUCUGCUCAAUUCUGUAUUACUUGCCUCUUUUUCAUAUUCUUCUACUAUUUCUUUUUACCUAAGUAUACUUAUAUACUUCUUCUUCUCCUCUUCCUUGGCAUUCUUCUUCUUCUUCUUCUUCUUCUUCUUCUUCUACUGCUACUAUUACUACUACUGCUACUACAACUACUUCUUAAUCUUGACGCUGUUCUCAUCUUAUUCUACUGUCAUUUCACUUCUUACCGUCUUCUUUUUCUUAAUCUUGACACGUCGUUCUACUUUUGUUCUUCUUUUCUUAUUGAAUUCUUCCUUUGCAAAUAUAAAUAUUUCCUUCUUUUACUUCCUAAUUCAAUCUUCAUUACGUCAUCUAAAUCUUGUCCCGUCUUCUCUUUCUUCUUCUCACGUCACUCCUCUUUAUUUCUUCGUUUCUUAUUUCACUCCUUCAUAAUACUUUCUCUUUGUCUUCAUCUUCAUUUCUUAAUCGUGACCCUUAUACAUUUUUCUUCUUUACUCUCACCUCACCCUCUUUUAAUUCUUUCUCUUUUUAUUAACCUGCCCAGCUUCUUUCUCGUCCUUCUUUUACUAUUCAGUCCUUCUACUAAGUCUUGA